UCAGUUUUCAUAAUAUAAACAAAAAAUCCUGUAUGAUGUUUAAACUAAAGUUUAAACAAAAUUGAAAAGUGUUUGCUUUAGGCGUCCCUGCAUUGCUGUCUUUUGCCAAGUGAACCCCCCACCCCUAAACCACGUGCAUCUCAGCAACGCCACAACAGAAAAUCGUCAGUCAGUCGUGCCAAAGAAGCGCCGGUGUGUGAACGUCUGUUCUGUGUCGUCAUCCUACGAGUUGUCCGAAUAAAAAAAACAUUAUUUUAAAAUUGUGUGUCAAAUAGAAAAAGGCCGUAUAAGACUUUAUUGUUUUAUUAGUGAAUAUAUUAAACAGUUUUUAAAAUUAAUUUUCGCAAAGUGCUCGAAGUCUACGGAAAUUGCCGUCAUUCAUGGACUAUGUUCGAGUUUGAAAGCUAACCUUUCUCGGUGCCAUAAUGCGUCUAUUCAAGAGGCGGUCCGAAGACCCUAGUCCGGAAUUGGUGUCGGCGACGCCGAUUUCUCCAGAAGGUUCGAUUGAAGAGACAAAAACUGCUGAUGACAAUGUGGGAUCACCAGUGUCAUCACUAGGGGAGUCAAUGCCUCCGCCACCACCAGGCUCAACGUCCUCGUUCUCUGCUCGCAAAGGAAUUUCAACUUGGGGAAGAAAAUUCGGCAGAAGGUUCGACCAACUGAAAAGAUCAGAAAGUUCAGAAGUGCUUUCAGUCUCGGGAAGAAGACGUCGUUGGAGUCCAAACCGGAAAAGCUGUGGUGACAUGUCGGAUAAAAAGGAAGUAGAUUCUCCUCCCACGCCAGAUCAUCACAAACCGAGGAGAAUUUCCCGAGUAGAAUCCCUAAGAAAUUUCCUUAGAGGUUCAGAGAAGAACAACAAUGUUGAAUCGAAAACUAAAAAUACGACCAUUGAAGAAGAGGAUUAUAGUAACUAUAAGAUGGACAAAUCUUAUAGUGAAGGAGUUUUACAAAACUGUCGAAGGACACCUAGCUCUGAACGCGACAUCGACACCCUGAAGAGAAAAAAAGAGACUUUGAGCCGUAGUAUACAAGAUCUUCAAAAACGAGUUCCAGAACUGGAUAAAUUAGAGAUGGAAUUCACUAGGCGGUUUUUAAGUUCUCAGCGAUCCACCAGUACUUCAUCGAUUGAUUUGCAGAAAGUCUCGAUGCAAAAUAACAGCAGUGUCAGGAGGACUAUUUUCAAUACUCAGGAAAAAACUGGCGACCUCAAUGCCAACGAGAAUAUAAGCAACAAUAACGAAAAAUUCGAACGACCCAAGUCUGUUUUAAUAUCCGGAAUGGAAGAUUUGCUGAACAAUUUAAGGCUUGGUUGCGACGAGAGUGGUUAUGAUUCCGAUAGCACGAGAACUGGAGCCGAUUCCCCUGACAGUGGAAAAUCUGUUCAGCCCAUGUCGAGUCCACGAAAAUUCUCUAUUACAUCAGAAGAUUACCAGGGUAUUGAUUUGUCAUUAGCUAUCAGCAUGCCCAAGAAACUUGAAUCUUCAGAUUCUUCAGAAUCAUCUGAAAGUUCAAAACCCUUAGUACCGACAGAACCUUUAGAAUCUUCGGAACCUUCAGAAUCUUCUUCAACCAAAGCUCAUGACAUAACCCUGAUUGCUGACAAUGAUGCUUUUCUUGCUAUUGAAGAUGCAUUAAACUCAUCUGUACUAACUACGGAAACGACUUUGGUCAUGUCUAAUGAGGAUUACGAUGGCUGUGACAACACCACCAUUACGAACGUAACUGAUUUUUCGCUCACUACACCUAAAAGUCAGAUUUAUGAUUCCGCUGACUUGCAAAAGACAAUCUUGCCGAAGAAGAUCAUGGAUUUAAAAAGUUUGUCAGAGUCAAAUCUGAGACCGAAUUCAGUUUGUCGAACCCCAGUGAAGAAUCCACCAUCAAAGCAAACAAUGACAAAUCGAGUAUCGAAUCUCGGAAAUUCAGAGAAGGAACUGAAGACUCCCGGAAAAAGUUACAAAGGCCGGAAAAGUGUCUGCGUUAUGAAUCUCUUAGAAAAUGCAGCAUCACCUUGCAGAGAUAGUCCGCCGGCUCUUAAAUUUUCCUCGCCUGUUGUGGUGGAUCCGAUUCAGUAUUACACUCCGAAGCGUUCGCGAUCUGAUAUGGAGCCCGAAGGUCCCGAAAAUGUAUUGCCGAGGCGGAAAGUAAAAAAGCCAGUGCUUGUAACCACACCUCCUAAAAUGGCACCUCUUACUUCUACAACAAAGACGCUUGUCAGGAGGGAAUUAAAAACAAUGAAGCUGAUUGUCGAAUCCCCAGGAAACCUAGGAAUCUCAGUGGAAAGGAAACAGGCCGUGAGACCCUUUUAUAUAAUUUCGAAACUGGACCCCAACGGUGAUGCGGAGCAAUCGAAUCAAUUUAGAAUUGGGGAUGAAAUUGUAAGAGUUUGCGGUCGAAGAAUUCGGGGGAUGUCAGAAGUGGAAGCAAGAAACGCCCUGAGAAGUUGUUUCGGUGCUAUCGAACUUCAGAUUGCAAGAGAACCAACCUUCGCUUUCGGGGGAGAAUUCGGAGACACCUGGGGAGAAAAAAUCAUUACAAGAGCGAAAAGCGACUUUGAAAUUUGGUCUCUAAAAGCUUCUAGUGAAGAAAAAUUUGAGGAGGAUUCAGCAAUGGUGAUUGACACGUCGAAAAGAAAUUUUACUGAUAGUUUGUGCGACACGCAAGAGACUAAUUCCUUGAAAGAAGAUGACAAACUUAGGAAAGAAGGGACAACUGAAAAAAUCGUCGAUGAUGAUGAGGACGCGCCAUGUAAAAUUGUUGGAGCAAUAACAAAAGACGGGAAAAGUGUUUCAAUAUGUACGAUGAACCAAAUCGAGAAAGUGGAUCAUCAAGGUGGAGAAGAUCAAAGCCGUAAGAUUACUGGGAUGAAAAAGUUUCACGUGGUUAGAAAAAGGAACUUGAAUGCAACACCUUAUUCGAGAAGAGCUACAAGUCUUCCUAUGGAUUUAAUGACAAUUUAUCUGGAAAAGGGCUCAACGAAGAAACUCGGAUUUACGAUUGUUGGAGGAACCGAUAGCAAUAAAGGAAGUAUGGGAAUUUUUGUUAAGGAUAUUAUGCCUGAUGGCCAAGCCGCAGAACAAGGAACCCUCAGAGUUGGAGACGAAAUUCGGGCAAUCAAUGGUAUUCCCAUGGAGGGAUUAACUCACGCGAAAGCACUGCAAACCUUUAAAGCAGCCAAAGCAGGAACAAUGAUUUUACAUGUUGGAAGGAGAGAUCCAGCUAAUAAACGGUUGGCGAGACGAUAAAGUUGCUUUUUAUUAACCUUAGUUGUAUCUUUCAGUCGAAGUCUUACGAUUGUCUCGACAAACUCAUUGAGAGUGAAGAAGAAUAAUUCGUUUUUUGAACUUGAUGAAGAUGGGAUGAAUCGCAGUGAAACAAAAAUUUAGUUGAAAUUAAAGGAUUGAAAUCGAAUUUCUCUAUAAAUCCAUAGACUUCUAUUUUACAUAAUAGCAUGUACAGAUAAUUUAUAGUGUACAUUUUGGAAGAGAAUGACAAAUACUUAGCUAUAAGACUUUUUAGUUUAAGAAAUGUGAUAUUCGUGUACUAGUUUUAUAUGAUACUGACGAAAUUUUCAGGAAGAGGUCGGCUAACUUAAAAUCGACAUUUUCUCCGCAACUUUGUAAAAAAUUUAUUUUUCAUUACCUCUCAAGAAAUUGAAAAUUAUAAAGCAUGUGUGACUGAAUUCUCUAAUUUAAUCGUUUUUAUCCAUAAGAAUGAUCUUCAUUUGGCGUGUUUCCAUGUAUACGUUAUUAAGAUAUUAGAAAUUAAUGAUAAGAUUAAAUUCACAGUCGAUAAAGCAGUUUCGCUGAUAAAAGAUAACCAGUCUGUGAAAAUUUUGAAUUUCUGAGAGAUAAUUAAUUUCAGUUCAGUACGUAAUGUUUUUCAACGAAAUAUACCAAUGUACCAUCUGACCAUUUUCUGUUAGAUAAUUUAUGCUAACAAUCCGAAAUAUGGUAAAUUAACGAAGUUGUUCUCAUUUAACGUAUGUUUUAUGUUGAAACACUACUUUGUUUAAAUUGAACUGCGUUAUGUAUUAUUUCUGACAUUAAUUUGAUAUACAGUCAUAACUGAUGAUGCGGAUAAUUUGUCUUAUUUUGUACAUAAAUAUAGCUUAAGGUUUAUAAGCUACUAAGACUGACAUUCGAAGUGUCUACCUGAAAAAAGCUGUGAUACAGAUUGUAGUCACAUUUUUAGUGCGUAUCGUUCAAAGUGUAUUUAAAUAAAUGUGCUACUGUUUAACAAUCAAA